AUGACUGAACCUACAGAAGAUAGAACACUAAAGCGGACGAUACCACCUGAUUUACAGAGACAAGUAGAGGACAUACAGAUAAAGAUACCAACAACUACAGGUCCACCGGGAGAUUUGGACGAGGAGAAGAAAAGAUGGCUGAUUGUUGGAAUAUGUCUUCAUUCAAUUAUUUCUCCUCUACUGAGAAAAUAUGCAGAUCCUAUUCUCAGAAGCUUGUAUAAUUCUCUAGUGUCCAGCGAUACCAUCGAUACACAGGGAUAUAAUCGAUAUCUAAGGAAAUACCCAGCAUCAAACAGAUAUUAUCUCAACUAUGAAUCAGUCAACAACAACAGAAGAUUGAACAAGAAUUAUAGGAGUUAUGAUUACAAAGUAACAAGCCAUGUGGAUCUGUCAAAGUUGUUUCUACAGCCUAAUAUGGCUCAAUACACUGGCUUUAAUGAGUCAUGUGACUCAUCUGCAUUGCUUGGUUUAGUUAUCAACAUCAGUUCAUUUCCACCAAUUAUACAGACGGAUGCUGAAAAGAUACGAUCAGACAUACGUAAUCCCUGGGCACACUGUGACUUCAGAGAAUGGACCACAGGCAAAUAUACACAUUCCUUCAAUGUAAUGGGACAACUUGUUAAGGACAUUGGACUAACUAACAGAGAAGAAAACAGGAUCUUGGGAGAACUCAAUACCUGGGCAACAAAUGGUCAAAACUUCAUGAGUGGAACAACACUUGGUUUAGAGAUAGUGGGGGAGAUUCAUCAACAGACACAUGUUCUUAGUAGAUAUGUACAGACUUUGUGUACAGAAACAGACAGUCAGUUCAUCAGAGUGCAAAAAGAAUUAUCAAACUUAGUAAACAGUUUAGAGGAACAUGAGGAAAGAUUAAAGAGUUUAGAAAGUAAAACUAAUGAGCAUGAUGAAACAUUAAGUAACCUGAAGAAAGAAAUGAAAAAACAAGUUGAAGAUCAUAUUCCCCCACAUAUUCGAGCUCACCAUGACGAAGAAUUAAGAGAAUGGGAGCAAGACCAAACUACCUUUUUGGAAACCAGAGCAACACGUCACAUACUUGAAUCUCUACCCUCGCAUAACUGUAUUGUUGUGACAGGAAGCUCGGGAUGUGGUAAAUCAUCAAACAUACAUCAUGCUGCGUUACACUUACGUGACAGUUUAGAAUAUGAGAUAAUACCAGUGUUAACAGGACCAUCAGACAUAAUGAAUUAUUACAAUAGAAACAAAAAACAAGUGUUUGUUGUAGAUGACAUAUGUGGAAAGGAAACAAUCAACACACAAACACUACAGAUGUGGAGAGAUUAUUCAGAAAAAUUGGGCAAAAUAUUUGGAGAUGCAGAAACAGAUGUUAGAAGUAUAAGUGAUGGCACGGUUUCCAAGAUAUCAAAUCCAAGAUUACUGCUGUCUUGUAGACUGCAUAUAAAUAAAGAAUCACAGUUUCAACGUAUUGCAUUGUUCACAAAAAAAGUAUUCAAUUUAUUAUCACCUGAGUUGUGUCUGCUGGAAGCUGAAAGAAUUCAUAUGCUGCACAAGUAUCUUCCUGAUGACAUAAUUGACAAUAUAAAACAAGUCAAGGAGAACUUUGAUUACUUUCCCUUGCUUUGUAAAUUGUCAAAAGACAAAACAUGUGAGGAAGUGGAGAAACUAUUUACAGCUCCUCUGGACAGUAUUAAAACAGACAUAAUCACAAUUAUUGAUACAAACAAAGAACAUUUUUGUGCUAUUGUUCUGUGUAUUGUUUUUAACGAUGGAUUUGAUACAGAUUGGCUUAAAUUAGGAUCAGUGUCAGAAAAGGAAAAAAAGGACAAACUUGAGCACAUUGUCAAAGAAUUUGACAUAGACUUAAGCAAAGAGAGGCAUAGAAAUUCUUUAAAAGCUGGCUUUUCAACAUUACAUGGCACAUAUUUCAAACUGAGAGGCACAGAGUACAGAAUGAUACAUGACAAAAUCCAUGAAAUGGCAGCUGUAAUCUGUGGACAACACCUUACCGAAUGUUUUAUGAAAUAUGCUACUCCUGAAUUUAUUCAGGAUCAUUUCAUCCUCGAAUCUUUAACAGAAAUUCAAGAAAAGGAUGAUUUAAUAGUACUAUUGAAAGAUCAAGAAGAAGAUUAUUUUGAACGACUGUUAUGCGACUUAACAAAACAUGUCAUUACAAGCACAUUCAAUAAUGCACAGUUAAUUAGUCAGACAUUUAGAGAUAAGUUAUUAAGCUUUUUAAGAAAGAGUGAUGUAAAAACAGUAUUAAAGAGCUUUGAUACAGAAAGUUGCAUUAUAGACAAUAAUUAUGAUGAACUAGAAUAUAGAGAUAAGAAGAAACACUUUAAUACGACACCUUUAAUAGAAUCAGCAACAAGGGGAUACUUUGAUAUCGUUGAAUUUCUAAUUGUUAAUGUUAAAUGUAAUGUGAAUAAAACAGACAAAAGAGGCAAUUCUCCUAUACAUAAGGCAUCUGAAAGAGGACAUACAGCUGUAGCUAAACUAUUAUUAGAGAAUAAUGCUGAUGUAUCUCAAUAUAACAUAUAUAAAGAGUCUCCAUUGUAUGUAGCCUGUAAAGGAGGAUAUAAAGAUACAGUAGAACUGUUACUUCAGAACAAUGCUGAUGUUAAUCAGUGUGGUAAGGAUGGAAUAUCUCCGUUGUAUAUGGCCUGUGCAGGAGGAUAUAAAGAUACAGUAGAACUGUUACUUCAGAACAAUGCUGAUGUCAAUCAAUGUAAUAAGUAUGGAACACCUCCGUUGUAUAUGGCCUGUACAGGAGGACAUAAAGAUACAGUAGUACUGUUACUUCAGAACAAUGCUGAUGUCAAUCAGUGUGAUGAGGAUGGAACACCUCCGUUGUAUGUGGCCUGUGCAUGUGGACAUAGAGAUACAGUAGAACUUUUACUUCAGAACAAUGCUGAUGUCAAUCAGUGUGAUGAGGAUGGAAUAUCUCCAUUGUAUGUGGCCUGUGCAAUGAGACAUAAAGAUACAGUAGAACUGUUACUUCAGAACAAUGCUGAUGUCAAUCAAUGUGGUAAGGAUGGAAUAUCUCCGUUGUAUGUGGCCUGUGAAGGAGGAUAUAAAGAUACAGUAGAACUGUUACUUCAGAACAAUGCUGAUGUCAAUCAGUGUGAUGAGGAUGGAAUAUCUCCGUUGUAUGUGGCCUGUACAGGAGGACAUAAAGAUACAGUAGAACUGUUACUUCAGAACAAUGCUGAUGUCAAUCAGUGUAAUGAGGAUGGAAUAUCUCCAUUGUAUAUGGCCUGUGCAUGUGGACAUAAAGAUACAGUAGAACUGUUUCUUCAGAACAAUGCUGAUGUCAAUCAGUGUGAUGAGGAUGGAAUAUCUCCAUUGUAUAUGGCCUGUGAAAGAGGACAUAAAGAUACAGUAGAACUUUUACUUCAGAACAAUGCUGAUGUCAAUCAGUGUGAUGAGGAUGGUGAGUCUCCAAUGUUUGUUGCCUGUGAAGGAGGACACACAAAUACAGUAAAGGUGUUACUUCAGAAUAACGCUGACAUCAAUCAGUGUAAUAAUCGAGUAGAGUCUCCAUUGUUUAUCACAUGUGCAGGAGGACAUACAGAUACGGUUAAAAUUUUACUUCAGAACAAUGCUGACCUCUCUCAGUGUGAUUAUAUAGGUAAUUCUCCAUUUUAUGUUGCCUGUGCAAGCGGGCAUGAAGAUACGGUAGAACUGUUACUUAAGAAUAAUGCUGAUGUAUCUAAGUGUAACAGUUGUGGUAUGUCUCCAUUAUAUGUGGCUUGUAAAUUUAGACGUAGAAAUACAGUAAAACUGUUACUGCAGAAAAAUGCUGAUGUCUCUCAGUGUGAACAACAAGAUGGAAAGUCACCGUUACAUGUUGCUUGUGAACUUUGUAUACCUGCCAAACGUAUACCAAUGAACAAAUUUUGGGAUCCAAAUUUACCUUUCAUUUUGGGCUAUAUAAAUGAUGAAAAACCCGAACUGAAAUAUCAAGGUUACUAUGGAAUUGUAAAACUAUUACUUGAAUGGAAUGCAGAUGUAAGUUUGUGUGACAAGAAUGAUUCUGCAAGUACAGGGGUGACCAUACACACUCCGAUUAUGAGUACAAUUCAGAGUAGUCCAUCAAUUCCUCUUAACAACAAUCCAGGAAAACAACAAGUAAUGCCAGACAGACAGCAAGAUCCAUCUACUUAA